AUGCCAACAAGCGAGGGUCUUAAAUUGAUAAAAUACGACAGAGUGAAAGGCAGCAUGCUGAGUACAGAAAAGGUAAAGAAGAUUAAGCAAUUAAAAGAGCUGAACGUUAGAAAUUUAUUGAAUUUACCCUUCCUUCUAACCUCAGCAACGCCUCAAAAAUAUAAUUCUUCAGGUGAAUUAUUAAACAUCUCAUAUCCUUUAGCAAUAGUUUUGUCAGUGCCUACGAUCGUCUCGUCUGUCUCUAUUUCCGAGAGCUCAGCAGAACGACAAUAA